GAGAGAGAGAGACAGAGGAGGAGGCUGGUUCCUGAUACCGAGACACGGAAAAGCAGGGGAGGGAGAGAGAGAGAGAGAAGACAGGCGGAGAAAGGGAGAGAGGGGGAGAAAACAGGGGAAUUACAUUCAGUGGCACAAAAGCGUAGGGAGAGGAAGAAUUCCGAAUAUUGGGCAGUCUCUCUCAUUGUCACUCCAAAUUGGACCCCAAAGCAUCGACAUUGCGUUUACCCAGACCCAUGGGUUAACAGAACCUCGGCAGGAGAAGAACCCACCAGAUUGUCAAAUGAAUAACAGGAAGGAAGACAUGGAGAUCACGUCCCACUACCGGCAGCUCCUGCGGGAGCUCAACGAGCAGCGGCAGCACGGCAUUCUGUGCGACGUCUGCGUCAUCGUGGAGGGAAAGAUCUUCAAGGCGCACAAGAACGUGCUGCUGGGCAGCAGCCGCUACUUCAAGACCCUCUACUGCCAGGUGAAGAAGGGCUCGGAGCAGCAGGCCACCAUCACGCACCUGGACAUCGUCACGGCGCAGGGCUUCAAGACCAUCCUGGACUUCAUGUACUCCGCCCACCUGGCCCUAACCAGCAAGAACGUGAUCGAGGUGAUGUCGGCCGCCAGCUACCUGCAGAUGACCGACAUCGUGCAGGCGUGCCACAACUUCAUCAAGGCCGCCCUGGACAUCAGCAUCCGCUCCGAGCUGGCGGACGAGCUGGCGGACUUCGAGAUGGGCGCAGCGGCGGUCGGCGGGGCCGGUGGCGGAGGGGCAGAAGCCCUGGCAUCCAUGAUGCUGGGCCGGAGCUCCUCCCCCUGGCUGGCACGCCGCACCAGUCCCGCCAACUCCUCGGGGGACUCGGCCAUCGCCAGCUGCCACGAGGGCGGCAGCAACUACGGCAAGGAGGACCAGGAGCCCAAGAGCCACGAGAGCCAGGAGGACGUCUCCUCGCAGCCCCUCUGGCCCGGAGAGUUCCGCUCCGUCCAAGUCAAAGAGGAGCAGGUCUCCCCCUUGAACUUUAAAGACGGCCCCACCGCUGGCACGCAAGGCACCCUGGCAGAGCAGGCCAGCGGGGAGAGCUGGCAGCCCCUGGGGUCUGGGCGACGGAAGAACCGCAAAAACAAAGACACGGUGCGACACAUCACACAGCAGGCAGAGGGUGACAGCCGGGCUGGCUCGCCACUGCCCUCCAUCCUCUCCGCGUCCGGCUGGAGCUACAACAACCAAGACAUUCCAGGUGCUGAUGUCAUCGAGCCCAACAGCUCGGACAGCCGAGGCGACCGGCUGGACUUCUUCGUGAAGCAGGAGGAGGCGCUAGCAGGGGACCCAGGCUUCUUGUCGCAGUCACUGGCAGCUGAGAAAGACGACCCCACGUGCCAGGCGGCCUCCGUGGCUAACCUGCGGGCGGCGCUCAUGAGCAAGAACAGCCUCCUGUCGCUCCGCGCUGAGAUGCUGGGAGAGGACAACCCCCUCCUCUUUGAAUACCUGCCCAAGACUGGGCACUCCUUGUCUCUGAACGACUUCACGGUGAUCAGGAAGAAGUUCAAGUGCCCGUACUGCAGCUUCUCGGCCAUGCACCAGUGCAUCCUGAAGAGGCACAUGCGCUCCCACACCGGAGAGAGGCCGUACCCCUGCGAGAUAUGCGGGAAGAAGUUCACCCGCCGCGAGCACAUGAAGAGGCACACACUGGUGCACAGUAAGGAUAAGAAGUACGUGUGCAAGGUGUGCAGCCGGGUCUUCAUGUCAGCGGCCAGCGUUGGCAUCAAGCACGGGUCCCGGCGCCACGGCGUCUGCGCUGACUGCUCGGGGCGGGGCAUGGCCGCCCUGCUGGACCAGAACGGGGACGUGGGCGAGGAGGGGUCGCCCGAGGAUGAGCUCUACCCCAGCGACCACCGCUUCCCCGACGACCCGGCCGACGGCGACGGCGACGGCGACGAGGAGAUGCUGGCCGACGGGGAGAUGAUGGCCAACGGGGACGAGGACAGCAGCAAGUGGAAGGACGACUCAGGAAUGUGUCACCGGGAUGGCAUGUUGGACAAUGACAAGGAGGAGAGCGACUCGGCACAAGAAGGGGAAAACCAGGCGGGGAGUGACAAAGAUUUCGCCUGGAUUUCUUAGUCCAUUUCUUGGGCUUUUUAUAAGUAUGAUUUUAAAAAAUCUAUAUGAAAAUAUAGGCUCUGACCUUGGGUGAAACACGCCAGUGUUAUAUACCAUAACAGGUGCGAUAUUCACAUGUGCACAUUUAUAUGUUCAUUAUAUGUCUGCAAUGAUAGAGGGAAAGGUUACUUUUGUUUUUUUUUUUCUGUUGACACAGUGGUGGUUCGGCAGAUUGGCUGAUGCUCGGAGUCAGGCAUUGGCAUUUUGUAUAAAUCUGACAUUUUGAAGCCAGAGACUGUGUCCUCUGCGGUGUUAAUUACAAAGCGUUUGCCCAUUUGAUGUUUGUGGGGGUUUCGAACGCUUUGAUGCUUCGAACAGAAACAAGACAAGUGCUGUCUGUCUUCAUGCCAUGCAGUCAACUACCCCAGCAGGGGGGGUUCCUAUCUAUUGCAAAACUGUAGGUGUCUGAUCAUUGGCAGCAGUUUGGCACUUUUUGCAUAAAACUGCCACAGACUUGCACUUUAACGUUGACCAGAUUCCUAUAAACUCCCUGAUUCUGUGGUUUACAUUUUUAGUCUAAUUUACAUAGAUGACUUGGUGAC